CUUUUCAGUGCCAUGAUUGAGGUCACCUGCACGAUUUCCACUGUAUAGAGUACGUAUGCAGCUCCACGAGUUGGUGUAGGCACAAAUCCCGUGGCUGUAACUGGCCGCUGACUGACUUAUCAAGUCUCAAACGCUCCAUCUGUCGAUUGAUCAUUGAAGCUUGAAGCACCAUAGGCAAUAAUCUUUGUGAGACGCCCCACCAAUUCAUAUGCCCUUUACCACUCGGUCCUUAGUUGCUAUCUACCCUCUGGGGAUCGUAGUGGACCGUCCUCAUGCAUUCGAAUCAAGGCUCAUCACCCCUGGAAGAAUUCGCUCGACAGGCAUCUCGAUAUCGAAGAGGCGAGAUCAAUCUCAGCGGAAAGGUGACGAGGAAUGACGCGGUAGCGCGGGGAGGGUAUGCUACUGUAUAUCGCGGAGUUCUGAAUCCACUGGGACGGACGGUCGCCAUAAAGACGACAUGGGGAGGACCUCCAGGCGAUGAAGACACUAUCAACCGUGUCCUCAGAGAGGUGCAUCUGUGGUCUAAGCUCCAUCAUGAGAAUAUCCUCCCAUUGCUCGGCAUCACCACCGAUUUCGAUUUCACAAUGUCGAUCGUUUCCCCAUGGAUGAGGAGAGGAGACGCACUGUAAAUACGUGCAGAACUGUCGACGUCGACCCUCGCCCUCUG